UGCAGUUCCGGCUCUGCGGAUUCAGUGCUCACGUUUCUUUCUCCCGUGGCUCUAGCUGCCUUUUGUCCUCCCACUUCAGCAACCCGCGAGGCAACUCUGCUUGCAGACAGCUCAAAUAGAUUUUCUGCUUUUCUUAGGACGCGGUGGGAUCACCGGCCUUUAACGAAAGUGCGGCUGCGAACAGGCAGGUGGGCGCGGAGCUCGGGGGAGGCGCGCUCGGGCUCCCGGUGGCGGCGACGACUACGACGACCAAGAAAGCGGACGGAGGCGGCGCUUGAAAGAGCGGCGGAGCCCAUGCCCCGGGACGGCGGGCGGGCCCGGAGAGACAAGUCCGGGGCCCGGGGCAUGUCCCCGGGGCCCCCGUGAGGAGGCGGCGGCGGCGAUGGAGAACCCGCCGCAGGAGGCGCCGCCCGGCCCGGGCGCGGACGGCGACGCCGAAGAGGCUCCCGCCGAGGCCCAGUCUCCCAGUCCCGCAUCGUCCCCGACCGACGGGCGCCUCAAGGCUGCGGCCAAGCGCGUCACGUUCCCCUCCGACGAGGAUAUUGUGUCCGGAGCGGUGGAGCCCAAAGACCCUUGGAGACACGCCCAGAACGUGACUGUGGACGAGGUCAUCAGCGCUUACAAGCAGGCCUGCCAGAAGCUGAACUGCAGACAGAUCCCCAAGCUCCUCAGGCAGCUCCAGGAGUUCACGGACCUCGGGCAUCGCAUUGACUGUCUGGACCUGAAAGGUGAAAAGCUCGACUACAAGGCCUGCGAGGCCCUGGAGGAGGUCUUCAAGAGGCUGCAGUUCAAGGUCGUGGAUCUGGAGCAGACAAACCUGGACGAAGAUGGCGCCUCCGCCCUCUUUGACAUGAUUGAGUACUACGAGUCAGCCACCCACCUCAACAUCUCCUUCAACAAGCACAUCGGCACCCGGGGCUGGCAGGCCGCCGCCCACAUGAUGCGCAAGACCAGCUGUCUGCAGUACCUGGAUGCCCGCAACACGCCCCUGCUGGACCACUCCGCGCCCUUCGUGGCCCGUGCCCUGCGGAUCCGCAGCAGCCUGGCCGUGCUGCACCUGGAGAACGCCAGCCUGUCGGGGCGGCCCCUCGUGCUGCUUGCCACAGCCCUAAAGAUGAACAUGAACCUUCGGGAGCUGUACCUGGCCGACAACAAGCUCAAUGGCCUGCAGGACUCAGCCCAGCUGGGCAACCUGCUCAAGUUCAACUGCUCCCUGCAGAUCCUGGACCUCCGUAACAACCAUGUGCUGGACUCAGGUCUGGCCUACAUCUGCGAGGGCCUCAAGGAGCAGAGGAAGGGGCUGGUGACCCUGGUGCUGUGGAACAACCAGCUCACACACACGGGCAUGGCUUUCCUGGGCAUGACGCUGCCACACACACAGAGCCUGGAGACGCUGAACCUGGGGCACAACCCCAUUGGGAACGAGGGCGUGCGCAACCUCAAGAACGGCCUCAUCGGCAACCGCAGCGUGCUGCGCCUUGGCCUGGCCUCCACCAAGCUCACCUGCGAGGGCGCGGUGGCGGUGGCGGAGUUCAUCGCCGAGAGCCCCCGCCUCCUGAGACUGGACCUUCGGGAGAACGAGAUCAAGACGGGCGGGCUCAUGGCACUGUCCUUGGCCCUCAAGGUGAACCACUCCCUGCUGCGCCUGGACCUCGACCGAGAGCCCAAGAAGGAGGCGGUGAAGAGCUUCAUCGAGACGCAGAAGGCACUGCUCGCCGAGAUCCAGAAUGGCUGCAAGCGCAACUUCGUGCAGGCGCGGGAGCGGGAGGAGAAGGAGCAGCGGCUGCAGCUGUCGGCCUCCAUGCCCGAGAUCACCGUCACCGAGCCCCAGCCCGACGAGGAGCCCGGGGACGAGCCUGCCACCCAGGCGCAGGAGAACGGGGACCCGGCCCCCGGGCCCGGCCUGGACUCAGACUCAGACUCAGACUCCGAGGGGGAGGAGGAGGAUGGGGAGAGGGCUGUGGCCCCCUGCCCCACCCCACUGCCCCCCACGGACUCCCUGGGCCUUGGGGAUAGGAGCCCCCCAGGCAGCCCUUCCUCCCCCACUGAGCAGCGAAUCUCCGUGUCCAGCCCAGGCCGAGGCCACAAAGUGUUCGUGGUGACUCGCGUGGAGAGCCCCCCCGAGAGAGCAGAGCCCCCUGUGCCGCCCUCUCCUCGUCCUCCCUCCCCACCUGCCUUGCCUUCCCCGCCCCCCUCCCCUGCCCUGCCACCCGCUGAGGCCAUCAGCACUCGGGACCCAGGGUCAUCGGAGCCUCAGCCACAGCCAGAGCCGCCGCAGGCAGGGCCACCCCUGCCCAACGGCCUGAAGCCUGAGUUUGCCCUCGCACUGCCCCCAGAGCCGCCCCCGGGGCCCGAGGCCAAGGCGGGCAGCUGUGGCCUGGAACACGAACUGAGCUGCUCCAAGAACGAGAAGGAGCUCGAGGAGCUGCUUCUGGAAGCCAGUCAGGAAUCUGGGCAGGAGACACUGUGACACUUUAGUUCCUUUUUUUCCAGCCGGUCUUCUAUGAGCUGAGGCCAGAGCCAUGAGAACCUGCUCACCCUCACCCCCAGCCUUCCUGAGGCCCGGACGCCAGGGGUGGGGGCACCUUUCUGAGGACCCCUACCCCCCACAGCAACACUACAUGGGGUGCAGGAGCUACAGGGAGUGGCCCUCUCCAUCCUGACUUGAGCACUCCUGUUUGUGUCCAGCCCCUAAGCCUCUGCGCCAGAGGAGGGGGCGUCUCCAAGGUCAUCAGCCCCAAAACCGCUGACUUUUCUGGAAGGGCCCGUUAGGCCAGGCUUGCGGGGAGGGCCGGAGUCCUGGGUGGUGGUAGGCUAUCCCCCACCCCCUAUGGCACUGGGCACAGGACGAGGCAGGAGGCAUGGUGCGGGGCGGUGAGUGAUGGUGGUGGUUGGACUUUGUAGAGCAGCCCCAGGCGGUGCGGGCCGGGCGGGUGGGGGAUGGGAGCAGAGGAUCAGAGCUUUCUUCUUAAGUGCAAUAAAUCUAUCAGGGAGCUGCGGGGGCCAGGGCUCUGAGACCCUGCUGUCCAGGCCGCUGGAAGCUGCGCCCUGAGAGGCACUACAACCCGGGGAGGGUGGGGUGGAGUGGGCAGAGGGCUGGGGAGGGGCUCCUCCUGUCGGUGCAACUCUGUCCACACCUUUUCUAAUAAACCAGAGCUGGGUUCA